UAAAUAUCCAUAGUGCCUGUUAGCUAGAACCCAUGAUAUGCAUUGGCUCUACUUUUUAGGAAUGUUGAAAAAAAUCACCUCCACCGAAAAGAACACUCUCCCUCCUCCUUAUCAAGUAGGAGUAUCAGUUUAUAUAAAAUACUGAACUCUUGUAUUAAUUUGCUCCAUUUUGUCUAAAAACUCCAUCAAUGUCCUUUUCUACAGACUCAUGGCUGCUAACCCACAUUCUGCUCUUUCUUCCCCUAUUUCACCCCGUCUUUGCUGCUACUCAUACCACCCCAAAGAAUGCAACGUGUCACAGCACUUGUGGCACGCUCCCUGUGAAAUUCCCCUUCGGUACAGGGUUCGGAUGCGGGCACGCUGAUUUUGCCAGAUACGUAAGGUGCAGCUCAGGGACACUCCAGUUCUCCACCGGGACCGGCGUUUACACUAUCUCCUCAAUCGACUACCCGAGCAACACGUUAAUCUUAACGGACCCCUUGAUGUCAAACUGUUCUUCGAUGCAGAAUUCCGGGAGCUUUAGCUUGGAUAGCUCCAGCCCAUUCAGCUUAGUGGCGGGAGAUACCUUUGUUUUGCUAGGUUGCUCCACCACCUCUCCUGUGUUCGACCAAAACGAAGAGUUAUGCAACACUGGUUCGGGUUUACACAUAUGCAGAGGGAUGUAUUCUUGUAAAGGAGUCGCUGGAAUUGGGUUGACACCAAAUGCGCCGAUUUCUACUUGCUGUGUUUAUGAUCCGCAGAUUGUGCUUGGGUCGGGUUUUAUGUUGGAUCUUCCAAAACUCCAGUGCUCAUCUUAUACUGCAAUUUACGGGUACGGUGGCGAUGAAGGCGACCCGAUGAAGUGGCAGUUCGGGAUCUCUUUGCAAUACAAUGACUCGUAUUACACUGAAGCAUGCAGGAAUUGCGAAGACAGUGGGGGGUUGUGUGGUUUUGCCGGGUUGUGUGGUUUUGCCGGGUUGAAUGAGUCGUUCGCCUGUAUUUGUCGAAAUGGGGUGAACACCUCCAACAAUUGCUUUGGCCGCGGAUAUGCUUGGAGCGGGACCUCUAGACCCAAAAUUCCAAUCAAGAUGGGUGUUGGAGGUGACAUAGAGCUGCCCUUUGCACGUAGUAUGGGGUUUUACUGGUGCCUAUGUGGUAAAAAGAGAUUUCCAGAACACAACGUUGGAUGAAUUUAGACGCGUGUUCCCUUAUCCUUACGAGAGCAUCGAGUGUCUGUCACAGCGACACGAGUACUUGAAACAUUUAGGAUGUUCUUUACGAUAUGCAUUGCUGUUUCAGGACAACGUUAAGAAGGAUUCAAAUCUGCCAUGAAAACGACAGUAACUGUGUUCUUUUACGGAUUCUUUAUAGGUUUUUUGGUCUCGUUGAUCACGCUAUUCAUCUGAGGCAGAAAAUGAUGCUCCAGGAGUUGCAGGAAAGCUUGUUACGCGUAUACUUGGCGAAAGUAUAGUUUGUUGCUCAUGUUUAUUGAAUGAAUUUCUAGUUGUUGAAGAAUUAUCCGGUUUCGGGUAUUGUAACUCUGUCACGUUUGAGACACAUUAUUGUAUUUUUUAAGAUGGUUGAAAUAUUUAUUUUAUUGAAUUAGAAUUAUGGCCUAAUUCAAUCA